AUGCGAGAGAGUAAGUUUGUGGUUCUUGGGGCGGGUGGUGUUGGCAAAACUAGUCUUGUGAUUCGUUUUCUGAACGAUGCGUUUAGCAGUACUUACAAACCUACUGUUGAAGAUUGUUACCAACACACGAUACAGCUUCCAGAUGGAAUCUCGCACACUGUUGAAAUCUUGGACACAGCCGGAUCGCAUCAUUUUCCGGCAAUGCGGGAACUCAGCAUCAGAUCCGGCAGAGGAUUCCUCAUCGUGUAUUCUGUAGACAGUCUGCAGUCAUUUAGGGAAGCAGUUCAGCUUUAUGAACUCAUCAUCGACAUCAGAGGUGCUCAAGUGCCUGUGGUUUUAGUGGGCAACAAAUCUGACUUGGAAAUCCACAGACAAGUAUCCCAUGAAACAGCUGCACAGAAGGCAUCAGAAGCUUUGAGUGGGUGUCCUUUCUUCGAAGCUUCGGCGAAGUUCGACAUCAACGUCAAGGAAGUCUUCCUGGAACUUCUCCAAAUUGCUCGUGAGCACGAAGAAGCUCAAGAAGCCAUGCUGGAAGAGCAGGAUCUUUUCCGAAGAAAGAGCCGUUCUGGAAUACUUGUUCCAGCUUCUGAUAUACUUGCUCCAGGUUCUAAAAUACUUGUUCCAUUGGAAUGA